UAUUUCAUAGUCUGGUAAAAAGCCUUUUUUUAAAAGCUUGUCGUCUUUCAGGCUUCUCAGUUCCGGUCGGUCGUUUGUCGCUUUCCAUGGACACCAUGUUCCACCAUCAAUAAUAGCAUCUUCAUUCUUUCCAUCACUCUUCAACUCAAUAUUCAUGUUCUCCCGAAACAACGACUUUUUUCAAACCUGAAACAACAACCAGUAGAAUGAAGAAGCUAGUGCUCAAGGCCGGGAGCAGGCCGCCAUGGGUGGGCUUAGCGGCUGCCGUGUGGGUGCAAAUGUCAGCUGCGAAUGGUUCUAACUUUACUUUAUAUUCAUCUGCGCUGAAAUCGGUUCUUGGAUUUAAUCAGCAACAGGUUACAAUCUUGGGGGUGGCGAAUGAUUUUGGGGAGAGUUUGGGGUUGCUUCCGGGCGUUGCCCUCAAUAAGUUCCCACCUUGGGUUGUUCUUCUGGUUGGUGUUGUGUUUUGUUUCUUGGGUUAUGGUGUUCUUUGGCUUGCUGUCAGUCAGACUGUCACUGGCUUGCCUUACUGGCUGUUAUUUCUCGUGCUUGUUGUUGGCGCUAACAGCAAUGCAUGGUUUGGUACGGCAGUGCUAGUAACUAACAUGAGGAAUUUCCCCCUUAGUAGAGGCACUGUUGCUGGUAUCCUCAAAGGUUAUGUUGGGAUUAGCGCUGCAAUAUAUACUGUGUUAUACAGUCUGGUGCUUAAAGAAUCUAAAGCAGGGCUUUUACUGUUCCUGACACUUGGAAUUCCCGUUAUCUGUUUAGUUAUGUUGUAUUUUAUCCAGGCAUGCACACCAGCUUCUGGAGAAGACUCUUCAGUGCAUGCCCAUUUUAUUUUUACCCAAGCAGCAAGUAUUUUUCUUGCCAUCUAUGUCACUGUAAUUUCGAUAACAAGUGAUGUCAUUUCUCUAAGUGAUACUGUCUCGUACAUAUUGGUUGCCAUAAUGGUUCUCUUGAUGAUGUCUCCUCUUGUGAUUCCUAUCAAAAUGACUAUUUUCCCUGCAAACACCAGUAAACCUACACCAGCAAGUUCUUCCGAUGAUUUGGUUCGACAAGGGGGUGAUUUGACCCAAACAGAUCCAUUGGUGACCCCGUCUUUGUCUGCAACAUACCUUGGAAGUUUUUAUGAAAAUGAGGACGAUGUCUCAGAUGUUGAGACACUACUUGCUGUUGGGGAGGGAGCAAUAAAGAAGAAACGAAGACCAAGGAGGGGGGAGGAUUUCAAGUUAGGUGAAGCAUUUAUCAAGGCUGAUUUCUGGCUUCUUUGGGUUGUGUACUUUCUUGGGGCGGGAUCUGGAGUCACAGUUCUCAACAAUUUGGCUCAAAUUGGGAUUGCAUUGGGAGUUGAUGAUACUACGACUUUGUUGUGUGUCUUCAGCUUCUGCAAUUUUGCUGGACGUCUUGGCUCGGGUGCUGUUUCUGAAUACUUUGUCAGAUCUAAGACAAUUCCGCGGACAGCUUGGAUUACAAUCACGUAUUUAAUCAUGGUCUUCAUAUUCCUCCUCUAUGCAUCAGCUCUCAAUGGUACUCUUUAUGCUGCCACUGCACUGCUUGGAGUCUGCUAUGGAAUUAUAUACUCUUUGAUGGUUCCAACUGCCUCAGAGCUCUUUGGCUUGAAACAUUUUGGUAUAAUUUAUAACUUCCUUGCGCUGGGAAAUCCCAUUGGUGCACUUCUUUUCUCUGGGAUUCUUGCUGGUUAUGUAUACGAUGCAGAAGCCGCCAAGCAAGGAAGUUCAACCUGCUUAGGUGCUGAGUGCUUCAGGCUCACCUUCCUGGUUCUAGCUGGCCUCUGUGGACUAGGAACCAUCUUGAGCACAAUUUUGACCAUUAGAAUACGACCAGUUUACCAAAUGCUUUAUGCCGGGGGUUCUUUUCGUUUGCCUCAAACAUCAGGCCACUGAUUAUCAAUAGUUAUUUAUAUUAUCCAGUAGAGGCAUGCCUAUUUUGCACUGGUAUGCUCUAUUUAUCUUAUUUUUGCUUCUCAGGGAGUGGUUGCAUUAGCCAUAUAUAGUGCCAUUUUACAUAUAGUUGCCUGAGUUUCAAUCUUUGUUGUUCAUCGCUACUUCUUAAAACAAUUACCUUACUUUUGUGAGUGAUGCUGUAUUAGCCUGUAUGGAAUGCUCUAAUUCUUCUGUAAUCAUGCCUGAAGAUGCUGUAUUUAAUCAGCUUUGGGAGUCUCUUAUUAGCUCUAAUGAAAUGUUUAGUGGCAUAAAAA